GUCAGUGUGUAGUUGUGUGUCACGGUGGGUGUGUGUUGUACAGUUGUAGUAGUUGUGUAGUUGUGUGGAUGGACGGACUCACUUCUCUCCUCAUCUUGUUCUAAACUAACUUCAGAGAAACUUUCCUCCUCUGGUAGUUUCCUCCUCUGGUAGUUUCCUGGACUCGGUGGCUCUGAAUCAAGAUGGACACGGUUCUUCUUGUCGGGGACUAGAUAACUUCCCCCUGGAUGUGGACUUUCUUCAUUCCUCCGUGGGACCGUCAGCUGGAUGUAGCCGCUCUGGGUCGUUUCCACCCGGGACGUCGCAUCCUAUAAUGAACGUUCAACCCCUGGAGGUUUCCGCGAACCGUUUCCUAUUUUAAAAAAAAAACUCAAUCUGUUCCCACGACCCGCCAUGUCGGGAGUGGUCCGCAGCCUGAGCCGCUGCCUGCUGCCGGCCGACGCCAGCCGGGAGCCGGGCGGCAGCAAGGAGAGGAGCCGGGAGAGGGACGCGGCGCAGGAGCGGGAGGCGCGGCGCAGGAGCCGGGAGAUCGACGCGAUGCUCGCCCGGGAGCGGAGAGCCGUGCGGCGGCUGGUGAAGAUCCUGCUGCUCGGGGCCGGAGAGAGCGGAAAGUCCACAUUCCUCAAACAGAUGCGCAUCAUCAACGGGCAGGAGUUCGACCAGAAGGCGCUGCUGGAUUUCCGGGACACCAUCUAUGAGAAUAUACUGAAGGGAAUGCGUGUGCUGGUGGACGCCCGCGACAAGCUGGGCAUCAGCUGGCAGAGCUGCGAGAACGAGAAGCAAGGCAUGCUGGUGAUGUCGUGGGAGGGGCGUGUGGGCGCCUCGGGGGUGGAGCCCGGCGAGUUUCAGCUGUACGUGAUGGCACUGUGCGCGCUGUGGGCCGACGCCGGCAUACAGGGGGCCUACACACGGCGGGCCGAGUUCCAACUGAGUGAGUCGGUGAAAUACUUCCUGGAUAACUUGGAUCGUAUCGGACAACUGAACUACAGCCCGAGCAAGCAGGACAUCUUGUUCGCGAGGAAGGCGACUAAAGGAAUAGUCGAGCACGACUUUGUCAUCAAGAAGAUUCCCUUCAAGAUGGUGGAUGUGGGAGGGCAGAGGUCUCAGAGACAGAAGUGGUUUCAGUGUUUUGACGGGAUCACUUCCAUUCUCUUCAUGGUUUCAUCGUCCGAGUACGACCAGGUCUUGAUGGAGGAUCGAAGGACAAACCGUCUGGUGGAGAGUAUGAACAUUUUCGAGACGAUCGUCAACAACAAGCUCUUUCUCAACGUGUCCAUCAUCCUCUUCCUGAACAAAACAGACCUGCUGGUGGAAAAGAUUCGCACAGUGGACAUCCGCAAGAACUUUCCUGAGUUUAGAGGAGACCCUCGCAGGCUAGAGGAUGUACAGGCGUUUCUGGUGCAAUCAUUCAGUCGUAAAAGGAGAAACCGAGGGAAGCCGCUGUUCCACCACUUCACUACGGCGGUGGACACAGAAAACAUUCGCUUUGUCUUCCACGCCGUCAAGGACACCAUCCUGCAGGAAAACCUCAAAGACAUCAUGCUGCAGUGACCUUCACGCUGCAGACGGCUAAACUGUGAAAGCAGACGUGAAUUAAGGCCCGAGUCUGAGUCCUGUGAACGCUGACCUGUGGGGUCGACCCUCGUGAGGAUCUAACUGAACUCUGAACCUGUGGAACCAAUGAGUGGCUCCUGGCCGACGUCGGCACCUGUGGAAAAACUGUGAGGGUCACAAAGAACGAGACCCUUUGUGUAACCUGUAAAAAUGUGUGUAUGCUGGAAAGACAGUCACCUUCUCCUGCUCGUAGCACUCAAGUGUUCUUAAUAUACAUGUUGAGAAAUGUAUAGACAAGAAGAGAGAAAUAAGAGAAAAGCACCGACUACAUGACUUGAGCACUGAAAGUGUUUUUUCUCUGAUGUAUAUAAUGACAAACCCUGUCACUAAAACCAAGUCAGACUGACGGAGCGAUCAAGCUGUGGAAGCAACAAGCAGGAGGGAGAGUUCAUGAACGGAACAAGGAGGAAAGAGAGCUGAAGGAAGAAGCUAAUGUACAUGUGACCGAGGGGAAGAGGAUUCGUGCCCGUACCGGUCAUAUGCUGCGUUAUCUGAUAAGGUUGCACACGUGUUCCGGUCAAUGAUCUUUAACCGAGGGAAAGAAGUGAAUCUGUCUUAUGCUCUGUGUUCUCUCCUGCGCCGUCUUUCUCCUCAUCCCCCCAUCCGUUACUUUCCUCUCCUCAUCCCAUCGUCACACAACAGAUGAACAGCUGCAGAUAACAAGUUGUAUCACUCUUCUUUUUUUUUUUUCUAUCCCUCUCCUCGUCUCUCUGGCACAAUAGUCAGAUUGUUCGUCUCCUCCCUCUCCGGCUGAAACAGUAGACGGUCAAAUUAGAGACCCGUCUUGGUUUAAAGAAACACACACACACAUGAAUUAUGGUUAAUCUCUAUCCUGAUGUCUUUCUCCUGCUUCCCACCAACAACCCAUUAUAUAUAUACACUAUGUACCACAAUAUGGCCGAGACUUGACCCCAGGGAGAUCGUAAGCAUUUACAAAAAAAAACAAAAAACCGUUUGUUCCAAGUCUUUUGUCCUGUAAACACAAAGGUAACGACAGGAUUGAACUGCUGAUGACUUUAUCCCCAUGUUUCUGGCACAGUUUGGGACUUUUGGAUUCUCUCCUGACUGUAGCAGUCGGGGUGAGAAGUCCACAGCGAGCGAAAGAAACGAGACAGACUGAGUCAAAAACACAUGGAAGUCAUCUCAGUAAUGGAAAUGAUAACACAGUCAGAUCCUUUCUCUCUUAUCUGAUAGUUUCUGUAUCAGGGACACGGAGUAUUAUCAGGCUAAUAACAUGUGAAAUAUCAACAACAAUAAGUUUGAUCAUCAAUUCAUCAUCAUUAGCAGGUCCCAGCCUCUCAGGCUUUCAUUUGAGUUUCCUCUCAUUAGUCAUAAGACGUCACUUUUGGCUCUUUCACUGUUUUCAUCACAUUUUAAAGCUGCACUAGUGAAUAUUUAAAUUUUAAAAUUAAAAAACAAAAAAAAACAAAUCUACGACAAACUCAUUGUACAAAACUAAACAGCCAGAAGAAAAAGUGGCUACAGAAGCUGAUGUUUCCUUCAGGAAUGGCUGGGAGACCAAAACAGAGGAAAAAAAGAGAGUGAGAGACGACUUUGAUUCGUUACGACCGCUAUUCCCCCGAGCGACAAAAUCUUUAAAGCGUCAUUGAAAAAAAGUACCAACAGAUUUAACCACUAUUGAUAAUAAUCUCUCUUAUUUAUGCCUGUUUCAAAAGUGAACAUUGGUAAUGUAGCGUAGAGACGUUUAAAAAAAAAAGAAAAAGUACUGUUGCUAUAGUUACUUGCAGUUUUACGAACCUUGUGCACUGAUUUUUACCGGCGGUUAAACUGUUGGUUGUUGCCAUGUUGGACGUGUCCUUUUACGUGAUUUUAAUGAACCCGUCAGCCAAUCAGAGAAAAGAGUGUUUUCAAGAACAAACCCGUAUCUUUCUUUGGAUCCUCGAAAUAAGUUCCUGACUAAUAUGAAGUGAUUUGCAUUUUGGUACGCAGCAGCAGGAAACAGCUGGGCCGAGUACUAAAUCCCAACAGCCCCGAGGGGAACGACUCAUGAGCACUUCCACAAGCCUAAUUAUUAUCAUACUGUAUCAAACUGUGUCAUGUGUCGGUUUUUUGUGUGUGUUCAUGGUGAGCAUGUUUUUACUUCCUGUACAUAGUAUUCUGUAAGUAUUUGCCUGACACUGUGUGUUAACCUUACAAUACAAACACCACUCGGUCUAACAGUAUCACUGUAACUGUAACGUUGCUGUAAAACGUGUCGUUAACUAACUAACUACCUUUUCCACUCACACGCAACUUUUUGUUUUUGUAAGUGUCGUCAUUGCACUGGAUGUAUCCAAGAGAAAAACGACCAGAAAGGAAAACGUCUGGAGGGGAAGAAAGAAGAAAGAAAAAAGAAAAAGGCAGAGAAACAAAUAAACAGACGGCGGACUUUGAAAGUGGAGCAGGAUGAAGAGAGGGACGUCUUCUGCUGUUAUUUUUUGUUUCCCACUGCCUUGGCUCUGUGCUCUGUGGUGAAAUACACUGCCUUUUGCUGA